UCGCGUUCAUGUCCUUGUGUCUCGUUGGCGACGGAAAAUAAAAUUGAAAUUUCACUUUAAAUAUCAAGGAUUUUAUUGAAAUAUCUCACGGAAAAGGGGCUAUCGGUUACGGAUUUUUUCAAAGAUUUAAAAGAAGGAAACUCUCUAUUCGUGAGAGCGCUGUUUUGGCGGGGAGAUAUUGAGAGAUUCUAUUGCAUUCGCUUCGUCGAGGAAGUAUCAAAAGAUUAAAGAUUUCGGAAAAUUGCAAAGUCCAUUAAAUAAAAACAAGUUUUUUUCUAAAGGAAGAAUUUCGUUGCGUGCAUUACCAGCGCUGCCAAAUGAUAUUGUGAUAUUCUUCAGUAUUUGCUUUGUUGAAGGUAAGCAAACAUUGCGAAGUUCUGUUCCCUUCUGAAAGAGAGGACGACUGAUUAAUUAAUUAAACUUAUACAUCAAUACUCCUGAAAGAACUAUUUAAAAAUUUAUAAAGACCAGAGAAUAUACAAGUCACUAUGCUACUAACAAGAUCAAAAGAGCUGCGUGAAUUUCGGAAUAGCGGGGAACUCUCGGAUAUCUGUGUGAUAGUAGGCAACACUGAAUUUCAUUUGCAUAAAUUCCCACUGUUCCUAAACUCGGAAUUCUUCAGAGCGCUGUGUCGUUGUGGAAUGAUGGAUGAGAACACGGUCACACUUCCACAAUUUCCAGGCGGGGCAAAGACGUUCGCCUUGAUAGCAGAUUAUUGUUACGGAUUAGAAAUUGAUAUAAACUCGCGAAAUGUGGUCGAGUUACGUUGCGCGGCGGAGUUUCUCCAGAUUACAUCACUGGGAAGAGACACAUCUACCGCGCUGAGCAAGAUAUUACCCCGACAGCCUGCUUCCGUCGUUGAUAUACUUUCAUCCGCAUGCCAACUGGGGGAAAUUGCAAACCAGACAAGUAUACUACCUCUAUGUUUCGACGCCGUGAUCAUACUAAUGAAAAAAGACAAAAUCUCAGAAAAUAUUUUGGAGGUCUUACUUGAACUACCAAUCGAAUGGUUUGUCGCACUUAUAAUCGGCGCAAGAGAUGCGGGUAUAGCCGUCCCAAAAAUCAUCAGGCUUGCAGGUAAAUAUAUUGAGACGAUGGUCGUAGAGUAUCAGAUUAGCAUUAAAGAAUAUUUGGAGCACCGACGCCAUGACGAAGGAGAGGCCUGCACGUCAGUUGAAGAUUUAGGAGAUAUCAUGGAUGCAAUUUUGUUAGAACUGCCAAAGACUACAUCACUAAGCGACGUUGUAGACAGUGAACUAUUAUGUUUGUUAUACAGAGUAGCCGUGCAGUUAAGGUGUAAGUGCGAGAGUAUGUUAUUAACUGCUAUCAGUAACAACCUUUGCGCAAUCCCAUGUGAAAUAUUGGUUACCAUGCCAACGAGUGAUGUUGUCAGCAUUGUGGAACACGGUGUGCAUAACAAUAUCAUCUCUCCAACGAUGUUAUGCAAGACUAUAGACGGCUAUCUCUGGGAACGAACCAAACAAAAACACAUCACUUUGGAGGAGUUUGACGCCGUAGUCCGGGCAAUCCCGAAGUCGUACCGACCACAACACGACUCCAUACUGUUAAUCGCCGAAGUAUUGUUCUCUAGCACGAAAAUUUCCGAAGAAAUGAAAUUAAAAACACUUGAUCUUGUAGACACGUAUAAGCUACACGAAGAAACGUUGAGACUAGUCUCGGAAAGAAACGUAAUUCCAUCGACUUUUAUCGUAAGCUCGGCUCUUGCCGUCUCGUUCCGACUACGUAACGAGCUCACCGAAGUGAAAGCAAAACUCGCCGAAAAGGACCACGACAUUCGCGAGGUCCACUCAAGUAUAAGUGACGUCAUACAAGGACAAUGGGAAUACAACGACGUCACGUUAAAUGUCACUCCGAAAGAUGCGAGUAAUGCUCGGGUCCAGUUCGCCAAAGUGUUAGCUUUGAAUACUAGUAAGGAAUUAUCCAUGGAACACCAAGUGUAUGAUGGAAAAUUAACGCUUUGCGUGCGGUCCCGCGGGACCUCCACGCAGUCGUGCGGGACCUCCUCGAAGACAUUCUUGUUUGAUCCAUUUAAUGAGCAAUUGCUAGAGAUAACGCGAUCAAAACAUGACAACCCGAUGGUAGGAGAGCAUUAUGAAAAGAAGAAACAUACCUCAUCUUACUGGCCUUUCACUGACAUUAAAUCUUGAGAUAUUGCGAAAAACUGUUGUCGCCGUUGAACCUCAGUACCAAAAUAGAUCACGGCCAAGCAACCUAAAAUGUAAAAAAAAACUUUCAUAAAUUAUAUUUGAAUGGGAAGUAAUGUUCG